UUGUAGCUUAGCGUCGGUUGCUUCGCGUCGCUUGUAGGGCAAAUGACAGACGAAUAUAAACGCUGUUCUUAUUUUCCUUCUUCGUUUAUAAAGGAAUCGUGCGUUUUCCCCGCUUUUAUUGGUAUAAUUAAUCUGUUAUGUGUAUGACUGGUCAGAUUUGAUCGCCCACUGGAUUAUACGAGCGCUGUGAAGCAGCUGACAUCUUCCUAAAUCUGAAGACAUUCCUGCACAGAUCCUUAUCUCCGCACACGGUGACCGUUUUAAUAAACGAGUGGCCAAUACCUGCAUCUGAACCGCUAUGUAGGCGUGUGUUAGCUCGGGGCUGUGAUGUCUGUGAGCAGCUGUCAAAGCAGGUAACCUCCGCUGGCUGUGAAUGAGAGGUUAGAUCAGGGCAAUGCUUGGCGGGGCAGUGAUUUAGGAGAUGGAUGAGUAUGAGGACUGUCUGUCUGGGCUCGAGGGGGAGUCCCAUCAUUUCCUCCCUCCACUGCGACACCGAGGCGGCCGCGAGCGAAUCCACAUCCAGAAGAGCAGCGUCUGCUCCAGGGCUUACUUCGUGGUGGUCAUGGCCUUCUUCCACCUCUAUAUAAUAAACAUCAUAGCUUUGCUGCUUUAUGUGCACUAUAACACGGGGUCUGGGGAGCAGGAUGUACCCCUGGAGAAGAGUGCUAGUGCCCCUCGACCCAUGCCUACUGAGCACCACCAAACCCCAUCCUCAGCAAACCUGAGCCCCGAGCUCUCCUUCCAUCUGCCGCGCCUGGAGGGCAUCAGGGUUGGACAUGUGCAAAGAGUUUCUCUGGUUCCUGACCGGACCCAUAACAUGCGCACCCUCAGCUUGAAGCCACUGCUGUUUGAGAUCCCAGGAUUCCUGAGUGUGGAGGAGAGCAGCGUGGUGAUGCAGCUGGCCCAGCUGAAGGGCCUGACCCACAGCUCUCUCCUCAUGUCACCGGACAGCCAGGAGGAGCAGCUCACUCAAGACGAGCUCUUCAGCCUGCUCGACCUCAACCAAGAUGGCCUUCUGCAGAGAGAGGAGAUUUUGAGUCUGUCCCAUUCAACUGAUGGAUCUUGGCUGAGCUCAUACAAUUUACGGAAAAUCCACACCGGGCUUGAGACCAACCCUUCUGGAGUUUUGUCUCUGCAGGAGUUUAAGCGUGUCGGUUGUGGAGUGUUGCAGUACAGCGCCGCUGACCAAGGUUUGGACGGACAUGCCAAGGUCAGGCAGAGAAGCACACACACUCGACUUUACCUCGGAGAGGGCACACACCACCUGCUGAAGAGCAUCAGAAAUAGAGUGACCCGUUUAACGCGACUGCCGUCCUCAUUGGUCGAUCUCAGCGAGCCAAUGGAAGUCGUCCGUUAUGAGCAGGGUGGCUACAGCCACGCCCACCACGACAGCAGCCUCACCAAUCACGACAGCAGCUGCGCCCACACACACCUGGCAGCUAAUAACUCCGCCUCCAAGCAGGUCGCAUGCAGGUAUCUGACGGUCUUGCUGCUUCUGAACUCUGUGGAUGGAGGUGGAGAGACCAGCUUUCCUGUGGCUGACAACAGGACAUACGAGGAGGAGGUCUUAGGUGAUCUCUCUCAGCAGUACUGUGAUAAAGGUAAUCUGAAGGUCAAACCUGUAGCUGGAACCGCUCUGCUGUGGUAUAACCACCUCUCAGAUGGCAAUGGUUGGGUUGGAGAGCUGGAUGAAUUCUCUCUGCACGGUGACUGCUUAGUCACUCGGGGCUUCAAAUGGACAGGAAGUGUGUGGGUGAACAUCGACCCUGACCAGCAGCGGCAGGAGCGCUUCCAGCGCCUGGUCUCAUGGCAUCCAGACGGGCAAAGCAAAAAGCCCGAGCAUGGAGACCUUCACCAAGACCUCUGAACCAGACGAUCAGACAGCUGAUCUAGAAUCAGUUUCUGCUAAUGUGAAGCCUUGUUUAGGAAAGUAAAAGCUGGUGCAGUAAGAGAUACAUGAGCUUUUACCUUUAUAUAGCUGUCAGCCCCUGCUCCGGUGACAUAUCAUUUAAUAUUCAUGAGUUCAACAGGGAAAUUGCUUUCAAUAAUAGCUAAACGUUCACUUAUAUAUAGUUUGCUGGUGUUGCACAAAUUAUUUAUUCCCUAUUUAUGAAAGAGUUUUAUUCAAUGUGGCAUAUUUAUUGAAAUUAUUAUUUAUUUGUCAUAUUGCUAUUUAUUUAAUUAUUUAUUCAUAUUUCUCAAAUGUGUGGUGUGUACACACAUAUAUAUAUAUAUAUAUAUAUGUCACAUAAUGUGUGUCUUAUCUCAGGUUUGGUUACACACAGGUUGUCUUUUUCCAUUUUAAUGCG